CGAAUGUGGAAAUUAAGCUCUGUUCGAAUUACGCUAAAAAGAUACACGAGACCGCGACCGGUUGGUUCGGUGUACUGUGUACUUACCGCAUGUGCAAUUUCCUCGGCGCAUGUCACUUAUUUGUCACAUGACGACGUUUGUAAACACUUUUCUGUUUGAUAUUUGACAUUCAAUUUCAACAUGGCGUGUUCUGUUAUCAGUGAUAAACACUAGAAGGUUUCUUCAUCCUAUGAGAACCUUCGUUCCUAUUGCCCCAUGCAGAAUGCUGGACAACAGUACGGCCAAGGAGGUGCACCCUCCAACCAAACGGCACCUUUCGGCGGUCAUUCAGAAACGACGGCAUCUGGUGGAAGCAUAACGACCUCCCUUAGGCAAUUUAGAAGAAAAAUAGAAGAAAAACACCCUCAUAGUGAUAGCAACAAUUCGUCAACGGCACCAAGCGAAAGUCAUGUAGCAAGAGUGGCGCCCCACAGUCAUUAUCCUCCUAGACCCACUGCCGAAAAUUACCGAUUUCCACAUCAAUAUCAAGAUUAUGGAUUGCAGCAACCUGUAAAAUACUCCGAGAUCUCUGAACCACAUCCCUCGCUGCAGGACCACAUAUCCCCGUCGGUAAUACAGAAAGCGAAGAGUAAGGAAUAUAUGGAAAUGUGCAAUGUUCAACAACAGCAUAUGAAACCGGCCUACGACCAUCUAAAUGGCCAGCAAAAUUACCCCGAACCAAAUGUGCAUCCACAUUCACAAUAUAUGCACAAGGAACCGCAGGUAUGUUGAAACUACUUCUUCUUCUUCUUCUUCUUCUUCUU